GCACUCUGUGAGAGGAGUCGCUACAGCAGCACGCAGCAGAAGACUGAACCGAGCAGGAGGAGGAAGAAACCAAUGCGCCGCUCUGGCUGUCAGCUUACGUCACCACCUGCGGAGUCAGUCUAAAGGCACCAGCAGAAGGAAAAUCCGGAACGGAUUCCGUACUGACUGAUGUGACUGACGACCGCACCGGGUUUACCCCUGGAGUGCUGAGGUCUUCAUGAAAACCUGAACUGGAGUAUUCUUUUUUCUUCUAUUUUGUUUUUUUGGGCACUGGAGAUGAACUGUGAAUGAAUCCUACAUGAACUCUGAAUGUUCCACAACGGUGGAGAAUUUCUGAAUACACUGGAUGUGAAAUGAAAUAUUGUGUUUGUGUGUUUCCUAUGAUCAUAUUGCGUUCUUGUUUCAUGCUGGGUUAUUUAUUUAUUUAUUCAAUGUUGAGGGUGCAUAUUUUGAGUGUGUGUCCUGGUGUGUGUGUUUGACUGAAACAAACAAGCAAACAAAAACAAUCCUAAAUGUCAGGAGGGAUACCUGACUGGCACCCCUUAAAAAAAAACAAUCUCUCAAGUCAAACCGUCACAAGGUGGACUCUUACAGAUACCUGGGCAUCCACAUAGAUAAUCUGGGGUGGAGGACCCAUGUGGAGGUCAGCUGUACCAAAUUACAGCAGAGGCUGCACUUCCUGAGAAGGCUGAGAAUCUUUGGUGUGACCCAGGAAGUGCAACUCCUUUCUAUCAUGAUGUGGUGGAAAGCCUACUGCGCUAUGGGAUUUCGGCAUGGUUUGGAAAUUUGACAGUCCAGGCCAAGGUCCAAAUUUACAGACUAGUAAAGACAGCCAUGAAGAUAAUGGGAGUCUGCCAACAUCCGAGUCUUCAAGACAUUUUUCAACAAACCAUAAUUAAACAAAUACAUAAAAUCAUCUCAGAUCCAACCCAUGUUCUCCACCCUGAAUAUCAGCUUUUCCCCUCUGGCAGAUGGUACAGAAUCCCCCUAAGCAAGCACAACCGGUUCAAAAGCAAUUGAAUGGAGACAGUUGUCCUACUGCUGUAUUUUAGUAUGUCUGAAUGUAUGUGUUUUUAAACUGUUCACAAUGCAGACACUGUAAAGUCCAAAUAAGUAUAGUAAAAAUAAAGUCUAUUCUGUCCUAUCCUAUCCUAUACUAAAUAACAACAUAUGCAUCAGCUGCCCAAAGGUUGGUGUCAGAUAUCUGUUCACCCACAGCAUUUUCUUUGUCAUAUGUAUUGUAUAGAUGCUGCAUGUUGUACAGCAUUGUGAUUUAUGUAUUAGUCACAGAACCAAUAUGGUUGAAAGUAGCCAGCAAUGUAAUGUGAAAAUCUGCUGUGUAACUCACUGUAAACCAACAUAGUGUGUGGUGUGUGAGUUUGUUUUUGUGUGUGUUAGGUGGAAGAAGGAAGGGGGCAGCUCUGAGAGAGAGGCUGUUUUCAUCUCCACCUAAAUUUGUACUGCACCAACACUUAGCCCUCCAUGCUGCGGAAACCCCCUUGCAGGACCCCCACUGAUGUCAGCUGAGAGAGAGAGAGAGGCUGCCGUUGUAUGAGAGGCGUUCCAGAACAGAGAGGUGGAGGAGAGGAGCGCUGCCACAGCUCUGCAGCUGUACAGUCAAUGGAAGGAGGAAGCAGCAAGUUUACAGUUGAAGCUUACCUCAGCGAAUAGUGCCGCAGAUAUCACCGAGGAGGCCACCUCCUCCUCUUCUUCCUCCUCCUCUGAGCUCUCGCCCUGGGAAUAAACCACCUGCUCAGCUAUCUCGCGCCCUCUUCAUCUCUAUUUACUUCCCGUCACUGCCCACUUCCACCAGCCCCCACCCACCCCACCCCCCCGGCUUGUUGUUGUGCAUCCAAAUUAGGAUGCGGACCCAGCAGGGCUCGGAGGGGGGCGUGCCCCUGCCUGGGGGUAGCUGUGGUAGCAGUGGCAGCUCGGGGCUGUCGCCUGGGUCAGACUCGGACGGAGGGAGCCCAACAGCUGGAGGUGUGGACAGCAUGGUGGACGGAGGUCUUGGUGUGGGUGGAUGUAUUGGUGGAGGCGGAGGAGGAGGUAGCUUGGGCGGAACUCUGAGAGGGGUCCUGUCUCGCUAUUGGAGCUUGGAGAGCCUGCACUCCACCACAGCGGUGGUUGUUCCUGAUGGGGCGUCAGAGAAAGUGGAGCUUGGUGACGAGCUGGGUAGCGAAGAGGAUCUGCUGUAUGAAGAGUUUCGCAGUUCUGGACAUCGUUUUGGACACCCAGGAGGAGGUGGAGGAGAGCAGCUGGCCAUCAAUGAGCUGAUCAGUGAUGGCAGCGUGGUGUAUGCUGAGGCCCUCUGGGACCAUGUCACCAUGGACGACCAGGAGCUUGGCUUCAAGGCUGGUGAUGUCAUUGAAGUAGUGGAUGCCACUAACAAGGAGUGGUGGUGGGGUCGCAUCAUGGACAGCGAGGGCUGGUUCCCUGCCAGCUUUGUACGGUUACGUGUGAACCAGGAUGAGCCCAUGGAGGAGUGUCUGGCCCACCUGGAGGAGGCUCAGGCUGGAGAGGAGAACUGCACAGGCCUGGGCUUGUUGCUGGGACCUGGUUUACCCUGCAAAGAACAGAUGAGAACCAAUGUCAUCAGUGAGAUCAUGAGCACAGAAAGAGACUACAUCAAGCACCUGAAAGACAUCUGUGAGGGUUACAUCAAACAGUGCCGCAAGCGGACAGACAUGUUCACAGAAGAGCAGCUUCGUACCAUCUUUGGCAAUAUUGAAGACAUCUACCGUUUCCAGAGGAAGUUCCUGAAAGACCUGGAGAAGAAAUUUAACAAGGAGCAGGCGCACCUCAGUGAGAUUGGUUGCUGCUUCCUCGAACAUCAAACAGAUUUCCAGAUCUAUUCAGAGUAUUGCAACAACCACCCCAAUGCCUGCAUUCAGCUCUCUAAGCUCAUGAAGGUCAACAAAUACGUGUUCUUCUUUGAGGCCUGCCGACUCCUCCAGAAGAUGAUUGACAUUUCCUUGGAUGGCUUCCUACUCACUCCAGUUCAGAAGAUCUGCAAGUACCCACUGCAACUGGCUGAGCUGCUCAAAUACACCAAUCCACAGCACAGAGACUACAAAGAUGUGGAGGCGGCCUUAAAUGCCAUGAAGAAUGUGGCCAGGCUAAUCAAUGAGAGGAAACGGCGUCUCGAGAACAUUGACAAGAUUGCCCAGUGGCAGAGCUCUAUAGAAGACUGGGAGGGAGAAGACAUCCUCAGCAGGAGCUCUGAUCUCAUCUUUUCAGGGGAGUUAAGCAAGCUGUCCCAGCCUCAGACUAAGAGUCAACAGAGAAUGUUCUUUCUCUUUGACCAUCAGAUGGUGUACUGCAAAAAGGACCUCUUGCGGCGGGAUAUGCUGUACUACAAGGGUCGGAUGGACAUGGACCACAUGGAGGUGAUAGAUGUGGAGGAUGGCAAGGAGAAGGACUUCAACAUCAGCGUAAGGAAUGCCCUGAAGCUGCGGUCACUGGCUAGUGACGAAGUCCACCUCUUGUGUGCCAAGAAGCCAGAGCAGAAACAACGCUGGCUGCGAGCCUUUGCUGAUGAGAGGAUUCAGGUCCAGCAUGACCGCGAGACAGGAUUCUCUCUCACAGAAGUCCAGAAGAAACAGGCCAUGCUUAAUGCCUGCAAAAGCCAUCCAGCUGGGAAACCUAAAGCAGUGACCAGACCCUACUGCGAUUUCCUUCUGCGACAGAAGCACCCCUCUCUCCCCACUGCUUUGCCCAAGCAGCAGGUCUUCAUGCUGGCUGAGCCCAAGCGCAAAACCUCCACCUUCUGGCACAACAUUGGCAGAUUGACACCUUUCAAGAAGUAAAGAAAAAAUCAGAAAGGAAAAGGAAGCUGUGGAGAGAAGAAACAAAGGAGAAGGAAGAGAGGAGCUCUCUGUUCAUGCCUCAAUAGACCCUUUUUAAUUAUCUAUUUUCUUUCUUUCUAUUCCUAACAUGGCUCUAAUGACAAACUGAUUUAUUGUACAGAUGAGGAUGGUUAUAAUGUUAAGGAGAUUCUUUUUUGAAAGCACUUUAUAGGUUGGUUAACAAUCAGACUUUAGAAUGGUCUCCUGUAGACACUGAGUGAAACAGGGAGAGUGGACUCUUGCUUAACUUACUACUAUUACUACUCCUACUCCUACUACUACUACUACUACUACUACAAUACUACUACUGUACUGCUGUGAGUGACUUUGGGACUCCUGACUGUGUUGCCUCUAUGAAGACGUUGGCUGUCAACAAAAUUAUGUCAUUUGUUUCCACUGUUGUAUUGUUUUAUGAUUUCACAGUUGCCAAGCAUUCACAGUGCCGGAUGAUUUGUUUUUAUUUGUUUGUUAUGUGUCUGUUUAUGAAAAAAAGGGGAAAGACAGGGGUACUUUCCUGUGCUUUUCCAUAAAGGCCCGUUUCCACUGAAGAAGUUCCUUGUACUAUUUGGGGGGCAGGAACUACUACGGGAACGUGCUCUCGCUCGGCCCUCUCAACCACCGUGUCUCCACUGAGAGAGCGGAGUAGGAGGAAGGAUCCUGUAUGUGACGUAAUCGUUGCGCGACCAUUUUGACCGGGGUGACGUAGGGGCGUAGGGACACCAUUAGCCGUUAGCUGUGUCUGUAAUAACUCCGGUCACGGUCCGUGAAAAAAAUAUUUUCUCCAGCGGAUGUCUUAGUUACAACAUGAUUGAGCUAACUGGAGUAGUUUCAUGUUGUAUCCGAAAUCAGGAGGCUUUUAACAGAUGACGUCCUGAUGUUAGCUGUGCUGCUGCUGUUAGCUGUCCCUGUCAGCUGAUGCUUUCUAGACAUCGUGAUUUCCCAGAACUAAAUAAAUACCACACAUAGCAACACAAAACUGCUUUGCUAGCUCAAUCAUGUUGUAACUAAGAUAUCCGCUGGAAAAAAUAUUUUUUUUAUUAUUAUUAUUAUUAUUAGUUAUUAUUACAGACACUGCUAACAGCUAACGGUUAGCCCAGCUAAUCUACGAUAACCAUGUUGUUAUUUACAAAACAUCACAUCCAGCCCUGAGUAUAUCCAAUCAGCACCAAGUAAUCCCCAAGCCCCAGCCAGGAGUUUCUCGGGGCCGUUCUGACUACCUAAUCCGAGGCAGGGACUUGUUUAGCCCCUGUAAAAGUUCCGGAACUCUGUCCUUAGGGGUCGUUCCUGCGGUGGAGACACGCACCAAUGGCCCCUGCCCCGUAAAAUUACCCCGAAGUUCCUGCGGUGGAAACAGGCCUUAAGUUUUUAUCUGCCAGGGUUUAGUUCUGUAUGCCUCUGGUGCAUUUAUGGUAUUUGCCCCCCCACAAAAAUACUCAACUCAUCACUGAUUGGGAACUUUAUAUUCAAACAAACAUCAGCAACCCACAAACACAACUAGGUGGCAACACACAUUCCUUGAAUCUGAUCCAUGACACCUCCUUAAACACUACCAUGUUAAUGAAAACAAUCUGUUCUUUAUUGCUUUCUUUUUCUUUCUUUCUUUCUUUCUUUCUUUUUAAGUGCCAUUUGAAGUGUGUAAUGGAUGACUUAAAAUGACAUGCAUGGAUGUGAUGAAAAAAUACUGUGAAGAAUAUUUUUUAUCUGUGAAGAAUCCUGUUCAGGAACUGAAGUGUCAUCGUGCUACCAGGUUGACGGCAUCACACAACACACACACACACACACACACACACACACACACACACACACACACACUGACACACGCUUUUAUCUACCAUUCCUUUUGACAGCCAGUGUUCCUGAUCUGUGUAUCUGGUCUCCAGUAU